AUGUACAAUUUUAUAACACAAAAUAAUUUGAUGCUUAUUACCCCCCCUGGACUAAUCACCAGAAUUGACCCGAAGACAGGAAAAGGUAGCACAAUAGAUUAUUUUAUAGGAUCCCCAGAACUAAGAAGUGACCACCUCCCAAUAAUAUUAAAUGACGACAACCAAAUUACUGAAACACACACAAAAGAAAGUACAUGGAAGUUCAAUAAUGAAGGGUGGAAAAAUUUUCAAGUAGAAUUAACCAAUAAAGACAUCAAGGGCAUCAAGUCAAUAACAGAAUUAAUAGAUAUAAUAAAAAACACUGCUAAGAAACAUUUUAGAUUUGAUAACAAAAUCAGUAAAAAUAAUCCAAGUAAACCUUGGUGGAAUGAAAAAUGUAGAGAAGCUAUAAAAAAAAGAAAUAAAGCAUUUAAUAAAUGGAGAAAAAAUCCAAAUGAAAUUAACAGAAUAGAAUACAAAAAGCUACAAAUCAAAGCAAAAAAAUUAUCAAAACGGAAAAAAAGAAUAGUUGGGAAACUUUCUGUGCAUCAUUAGACUUUAACACACCAUCCAGAAAGAUUUGGACUUUCAUAAAAAAAAUAGCAGGCAAAAACAAAAUCAGCAGUUACCCACUAAUUGAUAAAAAUGAGCCAAUCCAGGACAUAGACCAAAAGCUCAAUUUGCUAAAAGAAGAAU